AUUAAUUUAUGUCUCUUUCAGCUCUGAAAACAACAGUUUCAUUCUUAACAUUAAAUUCACUUCUUCAAAUUUACGAGAAUCAACCUGUAGAAUUUUGGGAUUCUAAUCAAAUGAUGUCGCAUCCUAAAUUAACUCCUAUAUUCUAAUCAAAUCAAGUAAUUAUUUUAUAUGAACUCUCAGUAUCUGAAUUUAUUGGCUGCCUUUUUUACACUUACAUUCAUUGAUCCUUACAAAAAGCUUUAACUUAUUAAUUCAAUUGUUGUUGCGAUAUCCGUUAUUAUCCAAAAUUUGAAGUAUUUUAACACAUUUAUUCAUUAGUUUCUUUUUACCUAAGACUUUCAAUAUGAUAUCUAUCUACUUUUAAUUAAUUGUCCUCAUUUAUCAACUAUUUAGAGUAUUCUCAUCAUAUUAUGAUAAACUUCAAUUUGAUAAAAUCCCUUAAUCUCAAUCUCAUCCUUAAUAAGAAAUUGUUAAAGAAUUAAAAAUUGUCAAAAAGUAAUCCUAUAAAAAACAAUAAAUAUCUCAUAAAAAAAAAGAAAAAAUCCCACAAAAACAAUUACAAUCAACUAUAUAACCAUAAAUUGAAAAAAUUGAAUAACCAGAUAACACAGAAGUAGAAUCAAUUGAAAAUGAUUUUACAGAAUUUAUGAAGCAACCUUCAAAUGAUUAAACUAUUACAGAAAUAGAAACCGAAAAUUUAUAUGAAGUUAAUCAUGCUGAUUUAUCUUAGAUUUCAUAAGUUAAAGAUGAUACGAGUAUUAUUUAUUAUACUAUUAUAUUAGAAUUAACAUUUCAAAUAAAAUUAAAUGGUGAAUUUACCAAUUUAAAUUGUACUUUUGAAACAUUUGAAUCAACAAUGAAUAUUCUAAAUUCAUCAUACACUUAAGAACAAAUCAAAUAAAUUAAAAUACAUUUGUUAUUAAAUCUUUAUGAUGAUAAUGAAGACUGUUCUUGUAGACUCUGGUGUCUAAAAAGAAUUUUAUCAUAUAAUUGA